CUAGUGCAGAUUAAACGUCACGUCCGCACUUGAACUUGAAUUUUAUCCCAUUGUACAGAGGCAGCCCCAGCCAUAGAGAGACCGAGAGCUCCCAGAGAACCCGGACUCCGCCAUCUUCACGUUGCAAUCUAUAGCUCCCAGUCCGCGCCCGCACCGACCCAGGCGCACUGGGCGAGCCGCCCCUCGGCCCAGCUCCCCCCGGGCCCGCGGCGCCAGGGGAGCGCUGGGGAGCGCUCGCGGGGACCCGGCAGCCUCUCCGGCCGGCGCCAGCCUGCCAGGUGAACUGGGAAGGAGCCGAUCCUGGAGUCCCCCCAGAGCCUCGGAAGGGUCAGUCUCCGAGAAAAAAGCAGGCAGCCCGCAGAAAAACCAGAAACAAGCAAACCCGGGCAGUUUUACAUUGCUUCGGUUUUUUUUGAGGGGGCGGGGUGAGGGGGUACGAGACAAGUCCCCAAGUUUUCUUUGCUUUCUUUUCUUUUCUUUUUCUUCUUUUAUUUUUUAUUUGUUUGCAUUUUUUCCCUUUCCCCCUCUCCUGGUAGAAGUGCGCUUUCCACCUACCAGACCCUGAAAGAAACUGUCAGGAGCCGGUGCAAAAUCCGGUUUAGUUCAAGAAGACAUUUGGAAGUCCAGGAGGCCAAGCAGUUUGAAGAAGUGCAAAGGAUUUUUUUUUUUUCAUUCUAAAGAACAUAUUUUUAAAGAAACUGGCCAGUCUGCGGCAAGCAAGCAACAGCGGAUUUUUUUUUUUUUUUGCCUCUUUCUCAUAUUUUAGAUCGAGGGUUUUCUUUCCUUUUUAUUAUCUUUUUCUUUUUGCAAACAAAACAAAAAACAGCAUAGAAGAAAGAGCAAAAUAAAGAAGAAGAGGAGGAAGAGAGGGCAAGAGAGGAAGGGGGGAAAAAAAAGCCAAAACACCAACCCGGGCAGAGGAGGAGGCGCGGCGGCGGCGGCAGCGGCGGCGGCAGCGGCGGCGGCGGCGGCGGCAGCAGCUCGGACCCCCUCCGCCGGCUCCCCUCAUCAGAGCAGCUCUCCGGGCGAUGCCAGAAUAGAUGCCGGGGCAAUGUCCCGCCGCAAACAGGGCAACCCGCAGCACUUGUCCCAGAGGGAGCUCAUCACCCCAGAGGCUGACCAUGUGGAAGCGGCCAUCCUUGAGGAAGACGAGGGUCUGGACAUAGAGGAGCCCAGCGGCCUGGGGCUGCUGGUGGGUGGCCCCGACCCUGACCUGCUCACCUGUGGACAGUGUCAGAUGAACUUCCCUCUAGGGGACAUCCUGGUUUUUAUAGAGCACAAGAAGAAGCAGUGUGGCGGCAGCCUGGGUGCCUGCUAUGACAAAGGCCUGGACAAGGGCAGCCCGCCGCCCUCCUCACGCUCCGAGCUCAGGAAAGUGUCCGAGCCGGUGGAGAUCGGGAUCCAGGUCACCCCCGACGAAGACGACCACCUGCUCUCACCCACGAAAGGCAUUUGCCCCAAGCAGGAGAACCUUGCAGGGCCGUGCAGGCCUGCCCAGCUGCCAGCGACGGCCCCCAUAGCUGCCUCCUCCUCCCACCCUCACACAUCCGUGAUCACCUCACCUCUGCGCGCCCUGGGCGCUCUGCCGCCCUGCUUCCCCCUGCCCUGCUGCAGCGCGCGCCCGGUCUCGGGUGACGGGACUCAGGGUGAGGGGCACACGGAGGCUCCUUUUGGAUGUCAGUGUCAGUUGUCAGGUAAAGAUGAGCCUUCCAGCUACAUUUGCACAACAUGCAAGCAGCCCUUCAACAGCGCGUGGUUCCUGCUGCAGCACGCGCAGAACACGCACGGCUUCCGCAUCUACCUGGAGCCCGGGCCGGCCAGCAGCUCCCUCACGCCGCGGCUCACCAUCCCGCCGCCGCUGGGGCCCGAGGCCGUGGCCCAGUCCCCCCUCAUGAAUUUCCUGGGCGACAGCAACCCCUUCAACCUGCUGCGCAUGACGGGCCCCAUCCUGCGGGACCACCCGGGCUUUGGGGAGGGCCGCCUGCCCGGCACGCCGCCCCUCUUCAGCCCGCCGCCGCGCCACCACCUGGACCCGCACCGCCUCAGUGCCGAGGAGAUGGGGCUUGUCGCCCAGCACCCCAGUGCCUUUGACCGAGUCAUGCGCCUGAACCCCAUGGCCAUCGACUCGCCCGCCAUGGACUUCUCAAGGCGGCUCCGCGAGCUGGCGGGCAACAGCUCCACGCCGCCGCCCGUGUCGCCAGGCCGAAGUAACCCUAUGCACCGGCUCCUGAACCCCUUCCAGCCCAGCCCCAAGUCCCCCUUCCUGAGCACGCCCCCACUGCCGCCCAUGCCCCCCGGCAGCACGCCGCCGCCCCAGCCGCCCGCCAAAAGCAAGUCGUGCGAGUUCUGCGGCAAGACCUUCAAGUUCCAGAGCAAUCUCAUCGUGCACCGGCGCAGCCACACCGGCGAGAAGCCCUACAAGUGCCAGCUGUGCGACCACGCGUGCUCGCAGGCGAGCAAGCUCAAGCGCCACAUGAAGACGCACAUGCACAAGGCCGGCUCGCUGACCGGCCGCUCCGACGACGGCCUCUCGGCCGCCAGCUCCCCGGAGCCGGGCACCAGCGAGCUGGCCGGCGAGGGGCUCAAGGCCGGCGGCGACUUCCGCCACCAUGAGAGCGACCCGUCGUUGGGCCACGAGCCAGAGGAGGAGGACGAGGAGGAGGAGGAAGAGGAGGAGGAGCUGCUGCUGGAGAACGAGAGCCGGCCCGAGUCGAGCUUUAGCAUGGACUCGGAGCUGAGCCGCAACCGCGAGAACGGCGGCGCGGGGGUGCCUGGGGUUCCAGGCGCGGCUGGAGUGGGCGCCGCGGCCAAGGCGCUGGCCGAUGAGAAGGCACUGGUGCUGGGCAAGGUCAUGGAGAACGUGGGCCUGGGCGCGCUGCCUCAGUACAGCGACCUGCUGGCCGACAAGCAGAAGCGCGGCGCCUUCCUGAAGCGUGCGGCAGGUGACACGGGUGACGACGAUGAUGCGGGUGGCUGCGGUGACGCGGGGCCGGGCGGCGCGGUCAACGGGCGUGGCGGAGGCUUUGCGCCAGGCGCCGAGCCCUUCCCGGGCCUCUUCCCGCGCAAGCCCGCGCCGCUGCCCAGCCCCGGGCUCAACAGCGCGGCCAAACGCAUCAAAGUGGAGAAGGACCUGGAGCUGCCGCCCGCCGCGCUCAUCCCGUCGGAGAACGUGUACUCACAGUGGCUGGUGGGCUACGCGGCGUCGCGGCACUUCAUGAAGGACCCCUUCCUGGGCUUCACGGAUGCGCGCCAGUCGCCCUUCGCCACGUCGUCCGAGCACUCGUCCGAGAACGGCAGCCUGCGCUUCUCCACGCCGCCCGGGGACCUGCUGGACGGCGGCCUUUCGGGCCGCAGUGGCACGGCCAGCGGCGGCAGCACGCCGCACCUGGGCGGCCCCGGCCCCGGGCGGCCGAGCUCCAAGGAGGGCCGCCGCAGCGACACGUGCGAGUACUGCGGCAAGGUGUUCAAGAACUGCAGCAACCUGACGGUGCACCGGCGGAGCCACACCGGCGAGCGGCCUUACAAGUGCGAGCUGUGCAACUACGCGUGCGCGCAGAGCAGCAAGCUCACGCGCCACAUGAAGACGCACGGGCAGAUCGGCAAGGAGGUGUACCGCUGCGACAUCUGCCAGAUGCCCUUCAGCGUCUACAGCACCCUGGAGAAACACAUGAAAAAGUGGCACGGCGAGCACUUGCUGACUAACGACGUCAAGAUCGAGCAGGCCGAAAGGAGCUAAGCGCGUGCGCGGGUGGGCGCCCCGCCCCUGUACAGUGGACCCGUUGCCAAGCGACAGAAUGCUGACCUGACACUUGCCUCCGUGUCACCACCACCACUGAGCACCCCGCGUGUCCCCGGGGCUCAGGGGGAGGCGGCCCUCCAACCUAACCUGUGUCUGCGAAGUCCUAUGGAAACCCGAGGGUUGUUAAGGCAGUCAGAAUUGUGGAGCCUUUUAACUGUGCAAUAAUUUCUGUAUUUAUUGGGUUUUGUAAUUUUUUUGGCAUGUGCAGGUACUUUUUAUUAUUAUUCUUUCUGUUGAAAUUCCUUUAAAAGAUUCUGUUGGGUAUCCAUCCCUUCUUCAUUUUUUUUUUAAAACCCAGUAGUAGCCUGAGCAAUGACUCGCAAGCAAUGUAGAGGGAAGCAUAUCUUUUAAAUUAUAAUUUUUUUGGGGGGGGCGCUGCUUUUUUGAAAUUUAAGCUAAGCAUGUGUAAUUUCUUGUGAAGAAGCCAACACUUAAAUGACUUUUAAAGUUGUUUACUUUUUUUAAUUCCUCUUUUUUUGGUCCUGAAAUGAAAAGUGGCAUGCAUUUUUUGGGGGGGUGGGGGGCGAUGUACAGCGGAUAACAAUCUUUAAAGUUGUAGCACUUUGUUUCAGAAUUGGAGUGGAGAUGUAGCACUGAUGAUGUCCUGAGCGACAGAGGCCUUUUCUGUGUUGAUUUCGACCUUUCCAUGAGUGGACGGAGGGGAGCUUGGGGUGGUGGGGGAGGGGCCCGAAAACUCCGCACUGCCAGAAAAAUAAGAGUUUUUGAGGGCUCCUCUUGAAAACGGCCCAGAAGAUUCUAGGAUUGUGCAUUCCCAGCACACACGCUCCCCUUCUUGAAAUGCGGGUUGGCCCCGGGACGCCAUCUCGGCUGCUUUGCUGUGGAACAGGCUAAAUACAAUGGGCUGAGGGUACUUUUUUGGGGGGUAGAUGGUGGUGGCCUGCAGUGACACAGAAAGGAAGAAACCAGAGGUGUUCUUUCAGGCUUCUUCUGGCUUGACAGCUUCUCUCUCUCUCUCUCCCCCUCUCCCCGCCCUCUCGCCUUCUCCCCCCUCCCUCUCCCUCCCUCUCCCUCCACCAUGAACAUCCCACGACUUUCGUUGCUACACAUGAUAAUUGGCUGAUCAUUUCUCAAGCAGACAAGUGCCCUGAUGGUGAACUGAGGGAGGCGAGUGCUCUCCUUUCACGCACACCGAUGACAUGGUAGGGACAGGGGGCGGGGAAAAUCUUGCGAACUUCCACUCCCGUUUACCGGAAGAGCAGGGAAAGUUCCAUCCGAAGGUGCCCAGCGCUACUUCCCGAUUUUUUUUUUUUUCUUCUACCCCAUUAGGUUGGAAGGUACUAAACAUUGGACUGUUGAGAUUAGACAUUUGAAUUCUGUUGACCCGCACUUUAAAGCUUUUGUUUGCGUUUAAAUUAAAUGGCUUCUAAACAAGAAAUUGCAGCAUAUCCUUCUCUUCGGCCCAGAGGUGGGUUAAACUGUAAGGGACGGCUGAGAUUGAGUGUCAGUGUUGCUAAGCGCGGCAUUCCCAAUACUGGCACUAUAAAGAACCAGAUGAAAUAGUAACUUAUUGGACAGUUUUUCUACUGCCGAUCGAUCUGAUGUGAGUGCCUUGAAAACUGAUCUUCCUAUUUCAGUCUCUUGAGACAAAUGCAAAACUCUUUUUUUUUUUUUUUGGAAAUGAAAAGACUUUUUUUAAAAAGUAACACAAGAAAAAGUACAUUCUCUAGACACAAACAAAGCCACAUUUACUUUAAGUAAAUUUUAGAAUUCCUGGUUGAAGAUAGAGGACAUGAAAAUGCCAUAAGACCCAAUCAAAUGAAGAAACAGACCCAGCACAACCCUGGACAUCCAUUACUAGCUGAACGGCCCUCAGCCCCCUUCUGUUCGUGGGACUGCGCUGCUUAGAGGUGGAGUGGAGGUGAUUUACUGCUGAAUUAAAACUCAAGUGACACAAGUUACAAGUUGAUAUCGUUGAGUGAAAAACAAAACGACAAAAAAAAAUUCAGGAACAAUGGCUCAUUUUUUUUUUCCUAAAGUUAAAUUUAGUGCACUCUGUCUUAAAAAUACGUUUACAGUAUUGGAUACAUACAAGGGUAAAAAAAAAUUGUGUGUAUGUGUGUUGGAGAGAUCUUUUUUUUUUUCAAAGUUUGCUUAAUAGGUUAUUACAAAAUGCCACCGUGGCUGCGUGUAUAUUGUUUUCUUUUGGUGACGGGGUUUUAGUAUAUAUUAUAUAUAUUAAAAUUUCUUGAUUACUGUAAAAGUGGACCAGUAUUUGUAAUAAUCGAGAAUGCCUGGGCAUUUUACAAAACAAGAAAAAAAAACCUUUUCCUUUUCCUUGAAAAUGUUGCAGUAAAAUUUAAAUGGUGGGUCUAUAAAUUUGUUCUUGUCACAGUAACUGUAAAGUCGGAGUUUUAGUAAAUUUUUUUCUGCCUUGGGUGUUGAAUUUUUAUUUCAAAAAAUGUAUAGAAACUUGUAUUUGGGGAUUAAAAGGGGAUUGCUACACCAUGUAGAAAAAGUAUGUAGAAAAAAGUGCUUAAUAUUGUUAUUGCUUUGCAGAAAAAAAAAAUCACAUUUCUGACCUGUACUUAUUUUUCUCUCCCCACCGCCCUCUGGAAUGGAUAUAUUGGUUGGUUCAUAUGAUGUAGGCACUUGCUGUAUUUUUACUGGAGCUUGUAAUUUUUUAACUGUAAGCUUGUCCUUUUAAAGGGAUUUAAUGUACCUUUUUGUUAGUGAAUUUGGAAAUAAAAAGAAAAAAAAACAAAAACAAACAGGCUGCCAUAAUAUAUUUUUUUAAUUUGGCAGGAUAAAAUAUUGCAAAAAAAAUUUGUAUGUUAAGUCCUAUUGUACAGGAGGAAAAGGGUUGUUUGACAACCUUUAAGGGAAAGAAACAGAAGGAAGCAGUGAAAAGCUUUGGUUCACCAGUCGUUUGAGUUGUACAUAUUUUUGACGGGAUUGGCCUGUGCACAGGAAUGUGGGGGCCGGGCCUCCCUCCGCACGCAGCCGGACCUUGCACCGGGGCUCCCCGGGGUGGCCACGGCAGACCGCAUGGGAGCGCCCUGAUUUGGGAUGAGUGGAAAUGUCAGUUUCCGUACAGGUGUCGGUGACGUCUCACAGAGCCCCGCUUGCUCUCACGGGCUGUCUGUGAGAUGUCAGCCGCAGAGAGGGCCAGGGAGCCUCUUCCUUCUCCACUGUCCCUGCGGUGGCGGUCACUGCCACCGCCACCGCCACCGCCACCACUGCCACCUCUCCCGCCCUUAAGAGCAGAAAGAAAUGCAAACUGAGCUUUCUUGAGCCCUUGACAAAACAUUAAACAAACAAAGAAUGUAACAAAAGGAGCUGGCCUAUCACCUAGGCACAGGUGACCCCAUCUGCUGCUGAGAGCAGCGCACAUUGGAUUGUGGGAGGGAGUCCCCUCGCCACCUGGACCUUUCACUCCACGGAGAGCGCUGGCCUGCGGUCUUUCUUACCUGCUCUGCUGCUUGCCUUCCCGAAACCCACGCUCCGUCCGUUUCCGAACGCCUAGGCCCCGGGGUGGAUGCCGUGCCUUGCCGUCUCUCUCCUUCCUCAUGUUUCCUCUCCAUCCUCCAGCCUCUGUCGGUCCUGUAUCUGUCCCUUUUCAUUUAAUUUAUUUCCUGUCUCCCCUCCCUGUCCCUUCCCUAUUUUUUUUUUUUUUUUGUAAAGCCAAGUAGCUUUAAGAUGAUAAAGUGGUAGUUUUUUUGGAUGAGGGAAUAAUACAUUAAAAAAAUACCUAUAUCAGGAAGCCAUUUUUUAUUUCAGGAACUGUAAGGAAUCAUUAUUUCAGGUUAUGGAAGUCUAACCAAGCAUCCUUUUGGGCAAUUCUUGACCAAAUGCAGAAACCUUUCUUCUGGGGGCUUCUCUGUUUCAUAGGCUCUUUCCUCCUUGCCACUAACCUUUGCUCAGUGAGAAGAAGGGGGAGGGGGUGGGAGAUAAAGCUAAGAUGUCAGUUUCCUGCCCGCUUGACCCCAAGACCCAUGGGCCACCCUGGUAAGGCACCCCGAGAGCCUCCAAGGGGACCCUCCUGUCGUUGUCAACACAGCCAGCUCCCACCUGCUCACACCACGUCCCCCGAAUGCCAGGACUAAGCCAUCCUAAAGCACAAAGAUUGUGUCUCCGUCCACCGACGGCAGAGGGAAGAGCAUUUUGCUUCUCUUUCUUGUGUCAAAAGCCAGCCCUCCAGCGGACGACCCGCGGGGGGAGGCCCCCAGCCUGGUGUCCACACUGCCACAGCUCUGUUCCGAGUUGCCCCCAGUGGGAACCUGCCACUUGCCAGGAGAGGGUCUUUCACGGGGAGAGGCGGAGGCUGAGCCGUAAGGAAAAUGUGAAAAGGCGAGGAACUCAGCCCCCCCUCCUGGCCCCGAGGGACAGCCGGGCGAGGUCGCGUGGGACUCGGGCAGCCCCGGGCCUCCGGUGCUCUCCGGAUCUCAGCGCCGCGCGGCCGAGUUCCGCUGCUUUCAGCUGUACUGGCGAGGCAAACUAUUUUUAUUACCUUUUCUAUUCCUCAUUGUAUGAGCUUUUGUUGUUUACUUGGAGGUUCUGUCUUUUACUACAAGUUUGGAACUAUUUAUUAUUGCUUGGUACUCGUGCUCUGUGGAAGAAACGGGCACUUUUUUAAAAAAAAAUUGUGGAUAAAACGUUGAGAUGACGGGAGGUCAUUUCAAUAUGGCUUAGUAAAAUAUUUAUUGUUCUUUUAUUCUCUGUACCAGAUUUUGGGCCUCUUUUUCCCCUUAAUGUCACGAUGUUGAGUUCAGCAUGUGUCUGCCAUUUCAUUUGUACGCUUGUUCAAAACCAAGUUUGUUCUGGUUUCAAGUUAUAAAAAAUAAA